AGAAAAGUAGUUUAGCAUUAUGAGGUGCUCCAGCAGCACUUGUGGUGCUGAGGGGCAAGGCAAAUUUUGUCCAAAAUGUGGAUCAAAGAUGGUUGAGGAGGAAAAGACGGAUAUUGUAGUAAUUUGUAAUGGUAAACUUGAUGGGAAGCCUUGUCAAUCAGAAAUAAUACCGGGACAGAAUUUCUGUACGAGCUGUGGAACCGAAGUUGACCAGUCACUGUUCAACAUUCAAGAGGAGAGAUGUAGUACCGGUCAGACCACAGCUGUCAAAAAUGAUACAGAGUCUUCUGUAAAUGCAGGCAGUGGGCAAGGGGAGCUGAAUGAAAUGAAACCAGUUCCUCAAGAAGUGAAAAAAAUGGAAGGAGAUUGCGAAAAUGAUGCUAAAAGUGGAAAGGAAGGCAGUCAGGAAGGAGACAAAGACAGAUUUCAAGAUGAAAAUGUUCCAUUUAAAACAAAGGACCAAUUAGAAGGCAUGGGCCAGUCUGGUGUGCAAUGCAGCAAGGAAGAAGGCAAAGUGGAUAACUCAUUGCAGGAUGGCAACACGACUUCAUCAGGAGCAAGUGAUCUAGGCGAAAUAUCUGGAAAGAGUACCGAGAAUGCCUGUGGACAUGUUGAAAUGGGACCAAGUGCUAAGAAUUUAUCUGAUGAUACAGAUACUUCACCAGGAGGUACAGAAGUUAUAAAUGGUGGAAAUAUUCCUGAUGACAAUGAAUCAGAUAGUGAUGUUGAAAUGAUUGAAGAAAGUGAAAUGAAUGAAGAUCAGGAGCAAGAGAUAAAUAAAGACUCUCAGACUGGAAACUUAGUAAUAGUACCGUCAACUGGAAGCAAAGAUCUUUCAUCAAAGCUAGAACAAGUAAGAAUAGAAAAUGCCCAGACAGGAAAUAUAAAUAUUAUAAAUGAAAACGCUAAAACUAAUGAAGGUGAUGACAAAGGAACAGGAACAUCAGACUCUGAAGAUGACUCUAAAAUUGACAGUGAUGAUUCGGAAAUCAAAAAUAUUGAAGGAGCUUCACUCAGCACUGAUACAAAUAAAGUCACUGGAAAUGUACAAGGGAAACGCAAUAAGAAACAGAAGAAGAAUAAGAAGAAAAGGAAGAAAGACAGAGAGGCUGGAAUUCAGCAGAAGGAAAAGACAGAUGAUAAAUCUGAGAAAAGUCAGACUGAACCAAUCAUAAGCAAAAAAUCAACAUCAAAAUCUGCUACUGACCAAAUAAAUUUAGAAGUUAUACAACAAGAGACAGCUGCUGAAAGUGCAAAAAAAGAAAAACAAGUUGAAAAGACUGAAAAUGUUGGACAAGUUUUUGGAACAGCAAACUCUUGGAAAAUUUCUCAAACAUCUGAUACUGUAAAGAUAUCUGCACCAAAAAAGUCAAGCUUAUUUCAGUUAAACAGCAGUAGUGCUGAUUCGAGUUCAACAACAACACAGACUCAAGCUGAAGAGCAAAUGAACGAAGAUCGUGAUGAUCCAAUGUUAGGUCCUGAUGCAGAAAUAGACAAAGAUGAGGAUCAGACUAGUUCUGGAACUGAAGAUGAUACUGAUGAGGAUAGUGAUACUGGGAAUAGGCAGGAGGAGUGUGCAAAUGGAGAACAAAAUGGAAAUUUAAAAAAAGAUUUAAAGCACAUAAAUGACCUUGAAGAAACAGAUGUUGAUACAGGAAAAUCUAUAUCUAGGAGGCAGGCGAAAAAUAAGAAAAAGAAACAAAAGAAGAAAAAGAAGGAAAAUCCACCAGUGAAUACAGGCAGUACUGCAGGAAACAAAGGAGUGACUACAAGAAGUGCUACUAGAAGCUCUGGUGAGAAAUUUUCAGUAAAGUUCCAUGUUUUGACAAGUGAAAAUUUCCAGUUUGAUCCUGCAAAGCACCAGGUUUGCAUAGUAAUGGGAAAUACAGAAAUGGGAGGCUGGAACAAAAAAGACAGACAGAUGAAAGUUGAAAGGCACAUAGAGGGCAGUAUUUAUGAACUUGUGUACGAGGCCAUUAUUCCUGUUAGGCUUAUUACCAGUGGAAACUAUUUUCCAUACAAGUAUUAUAUCAAGAGGAAAGAUAAGGAUGGGAAAUAUGAACAUUACACAAGAGGUGGUAGAACUGGGGAAGGUGUGGAUAGAUUUCUGUUGAUUCAGCAAAAGUACAAAAGUUUUGAUGAAUGGCAUCAGUAUGAUGGUUUUGCUGAGAAAGAGCCAGACACUGUUUCCAUGGGUAAGAUGAAAGAGUUUCUCUCCUUGAAAGGAGAUUUUACAAAACAUGCAGAGAAAGCUAUCUUUGAGUUCUGUCCAAGACUCUCAGACUUUGAAAAGGCUGGCCCUUCUGACAUAUUAAAAAGAAUGCAGAUGUUGUUUGAAUCUUUGAAGAGGGUGUAUUACCAGGAUGCUAGAUGUUGGCAUGACAACUACAAAGGAUACUUGGAAUUUAUGGGAAAGAAUUUAAUACCAGCAAUGUUUGAACAGUGGAAACUUGACAGGGAUAAAUCAAAACUACCCAAAGAAGAAAGAGAACAGGUUUUGAUUGGAACUUUCCUCCUUAUAUGUACACUAGAUGUGCUAGAAAUAAGCAUUCAAGAUACAAAGCUUACCCAGAAACUUUGCAAAGCAAUGUUGAUAAGUGGAAAUGCUGUUGAUAAUCAGUGUUUGGACUAUCAGUUUGUGGACAAGAACUUCAAGGAAAGAAGGAAAACUCUUCUGGAGGCUUUGCUAUCAGUAGUGAAAAAGUUGGCUGGCAAAACAAAAGACCCAUCUUGGCUGUACCUAAUGCCUUGGGUACAUUUUCUGUCAGGGAAGACUGUACCUUUUGAGACACAAGUUGUAGAUGUGUCACAUGACAGUGUGAAACCUGUUUGGUGGGGUAUUGCAGAAAUUGAAAAUGAAGUUGAAUUCUUCAAGGGAAAGACAGGGAAGUGGUCAAUUCGUUUUGAGACCAUAUUAGAAAAUUUGGAACCAGUAUUUGAGAUAGAUUACUUAAUGCCACGUACUUUCAUGACAGCAGUAGAUCUUGAUGACCUGGAAAAAGUCAUUCAGACUGGAAAGAUUCCUGUAGAAGUCUGUUUAGCUAACCUUACCUAUCAUGUUAGAGUCAACAGACCAAACGCCUAUCAAGACUAUUACGGCAGUACCUAUUGGUUCCCAACUAUCAGUCUUGAAGAAAAGAAAUGUUGCAAGUGCAUUAAGGUCUUGUUGAAGCAACUCCAAGCAACAUUUUACAGUGAGACCUGCAUGCUUACACUAUGGACCAUGUGUUAUGUUAUUGCUGCCAGUCUGUUUGAAGAAUGCACAAGAGCUGACAGAAGUGAAUUAUUUUACUUAAGUGUUCAGACCCUUGUACAUUGUUUAGCAAUGUAUGACAGGUGUAUGACUUCUAAAAAUGAAAACCUGACAACUUCGGCAAAAGUUCCAAGUCUAAAACAAGUACUGACUUCUACAACAUCAAAAGCUGUGCGUUGGAUGGGAACAUGGCAGUAUAACUGGACCACCUACAUGGACAAUAUAUUGACGAUCUGGGAUUUAUUGUUUGCUCCGAAAGAACUGCAGUCAGAAAGAGUUCGUGAUGAAUGGAAUAAAAUCAUAGCGGAGGAUCUGUCAGAGAAGUUAAGUCUUCAGGUUUGCAAAGACAGCUUACUGAUGAAAGACUUUGUACAACUCUACUGUCAAAAAGUGGACAAAUUCAAUUCAAAAAUGCAGGAGGUCAUGAGCAAAGCAGCUUUUCAG